UUCGGUCGGUUUGGGUUUCCUGUGGUGGGUUGUGUGCGUUCCGUGUGCAGAGGACGUGUCUGUGUUUGUGUUGGAGCAGGCUCUGUGGAGGUGGAAUCACACAGGACACUCUCCACCUCUCUGUGGGAUCUGAGAAUAAGAACUUUGACGCUGCAGUCUGGCACAACACCGGUGUUGAGCUCUAAAAGUGAAAAUGCCUGAGACUGCAGAGGCUGUGUCGGCUACUCUCAGCACCAACAGAAACUGCACCAUUGAAAUAACCAACGUCAGCGGCAGCUACUGCCUCAUCAACCCCGUGAUCUACAUGUCCAGUGGCUUCAGUUACCACCCUCCUCAGCCCACCGUUCGGACCCAAAAGACAGAAGUCUGCUCCUUCACGAAGGACGACAACACGGCCACGGGUGCCGUCGGCCUGCUGACCUACGACCUCUUCCACAUGCGGAGCCGGGUUUGCUCCGAGCGCAUGGCCAUCAUGUUCUCCGUGCCCUUCGACCACAACUUGUACAAGAACCGGCUGGCUGUGGGUGUGGUGGAGCAAUCCAGGGCCUGUGACAAACAUCUGUACGAGCAGCUGUACGAUGGGAAAGACCUCAGCAGCUUCGCCCGCUCCGAGGCCAACGGGUGUGGCCUGGAAUAUAAAGCUACACAUGUUGAUGUAAGAGCUACGAUGUCAUCAACAGGAAAAGCUAUUGUUAAAGUAGAGCUCUAUGAUAAAAUGGGCAGCUAGCGUGUUCUGUUGUUCUGUUUUUGGUUCUUCUUUGUUAUCCUUGUGUCCACAAAGUGAAUCCAGUUCAUUUGAUGUGACCACUGUUGUCAUCUCAAAGAAGAGGCUCAGGAGAAGAAGACUGAUUCUGCUGUCGUCUGUAUUUUGCUACUGCUGAGCGUUAUCAAUAUCUGACAGCCAGCUCAUUGAUUUCCCAUUAGCUAACGUCUCGGGCUCGUGUUCACGUUGCACACUCUCUUCACUUUGAUUGUGGUAAUAAAAGAUUCAG